UAUCACUUCCUGUGUCACGGCAAAGGCCCAAAAUUCACGCUGCUGAAGAUGGCGAGUGGCACAGGGACGGUCGCGUCGCUGUGGACCGAAGUGAAUCGGUGUGGUCAAAAUGGGGACUUUACAAGAGCUCUCAAAGCUGUCAACAAAAUACUUGACGUCGUGAAGGAUGAUGUGACUGCCCUGCAUUGUAAAAUAGUCUGCCUCAUUCAGAAUGGCGGUUUCAAGGAAGCCUUGAAUGUCAUAAACACUCACACUAAGAGUCUGCCAAGUGAGGCAAUAGUAUUUGAAAAAGCGUACUGUGAGUAUCGUCUGAACAGAGUAGAAAAUGCCUUGAAAACUAUCAAGAGCGCUGCAGAUCAGUCCAACAAACUGAAAGAGCUCUAUGGCCAAGUGCUGUACCGGUUGGAACGAUAUGACGAAUGCCAAGAGGUGUACAACGAUCUAAUCAGGAACUCCGUAGACGAGUAUGAAGAGGAGAGGAAGACAAACCUGUCUGCCGUGGUGGCGGCACAGAGCGCAUGGGAGAAGGUUGCUCCGGAAGACUUGGGUUUGCCUGAAACCACAUAUGAGCUGUGCUAUAAUGCUGCCUGCACUCUGAUUGGCCAGGGCCAGCUCACAGAAGCCAUGAACAAGCUCCGUCAAGCUGAGGAUCUGUGUCGGAGGUCUUUGGCUGAGGACUCGGACGUGACCGAGGAGGAGAUCGAGUCAGAGCUGGCCAUAAUCCACUCCCAAAUGGCCUACAUCAUGCAGCUCCAGGGGAGAACCGAGGAUGCGCUCCAGCUCUACAACCAAGUCAUCAAACUCAAGCCAACUGAUGUGGGACUCCUGGCUGUGACUGCCAACAAUAUUAUCACCAUUAACAAGGACCAAAAUGUGUUUGACUCCAAGAAGAAGGUGAAACUGACGAACGCAGACGGUGUGGAGUACAAGCUGGCCAAGAAGCAGAUUCAGACCAUCGAGUUCAACAAAGCUCUCUUGGCCAUGUACACCAAUCAGGCGGAUCAGUGUCGGAAGUUGUCGUCGAACCUGCAGGCCCAGAACCCGGGCCACCCCAGACCGGUGCUGAUUCAGGUGGCCCAGCUGUCUCGAGAGAAGCAGCACGCUAAGGCCAUAGAGCUGCUGCAGAACUUUUCGGACCAGCAUCCUGAGAAGGCUUCUGGCAUUAAACUAACCAUGGCACAACUCUAUUUGACACAAGCUCAUGUCACAAAAGCCUGUGAUAUCUUGCGGUCUAUAGAAGAAUUUAAGCACAAGCAAGGAAUGGUCUCUGCCCUGGUCACGAUGUACGCUCAUGAGGAGGAUAUUGACAGUGCUAUUGAUGUUUUCAGCCAGUCCAUUCAGUACUACAAGUCGGAACAGCCUGGAUCGUCGGCCCAUUUGUCCCUGGUCCGAGAAGCGGCAAACUUCAAGCUGAAGUACGGCCGUAAGAAGGAGGCCAUCAGUGACCUGGAACAGCUGUGGAAGCAGAACACUAAUGACGUCCACACGUUGGCACAACUGAUCUCGGCGUACUCUCUAGUGGAUCCGGACAAGGCAAAAUCCCUAAGCAAGCACCUGCCCUCUCCAGACACCAUGGCCUUCAACGUGGACGUGGAUGAGUUAGAGAACUCUCACGGCGCCACCUACGUCAGGAAGAAGGCAGCCAAGGUGGUGGGGGAGAAUUUGCCUAAAGAGCAAGGUCAAGGGGAUCUGAAAAAGAAGAGGAAGAAAAAGAAGGGGAAAUUGCCCAAAAACUGCGACCCCAAGUCCACUCCCGAUAUUGAGCGCUGGCUGCCCAUGAGGGAGCGCUCGUACUACCGUGGUAAGAAGAAGGGCAAGAAGAAGGAGCAGAUCGGAAAGGGGACACAGGGCACCACGUCGGGAGCCUCAGCCGAACUGGACGCCAGCAAAACAGCCAGCAGCCCCCCCACGUCCCCAAGGCCAGGCUCAAGCACUGCGAGUGCGUCGGCGGCAUCGAGCAACGUGGUCCCCCCACGACAGCAGAAGCCCGCCCCAUCCACCCGCAAGAAGCAGCCGCAGAAGAAGAAGAAGGGAGGAAAAGGAGGAUGGUAGAGGAGGAUCAUGAAGCCCACAUUAGCCAUGAUGGACCCUGGAAACUCAUCAUGACUGACUUGGUUUUUUUCCACUUUAUUUGUUUCUUUUUUUCUUUUUUAAUACCAUCCAAAAUGUAUUGUUAUCAGUUCUUAAACAAGCCCAGAGACAUCAGCUGAAAGUUUAUCAUUGGGUGGAUAUACAUUUAAUUAAGUUUGUCAUUUGCAUUGAUGAGCUUUGUCGAAAUGUUUGUAAAACUGCAUACUGUGAUAUGAAUUAUUUGUCUUUGUUCCUAUUUAUCUACCACUAAUGGUGAUCUUCAGGACAAACUGACCCAUCACAUUUGUUUUACAUCGCUUGGCAGCCUGUAAAUUGAAACAUUACUGUACGGUAUUGUCAACCAAAAAAACUAGAAAUCAAGCUGUAAAUGCAAAUGUCAGAGUAUUUGUUUUUUUAAAACCCCCAGGGAGAGCUCACCUUAAAUAUUAUUUCAGAACGAUUUAUUGAGUGGCUGAAUUUUGCCAUUUUGUAGGAACCACAGAAAGCUACAGAAUGGACCAGAGUCUUAAUAAAAUGGUUCCUGGCACCACA